AUGUCGGAUCCGAACCAAGAAGCAACUUCCGAAGAAAAAGCCAAUGAUACUAAAGACGAGCAAGCAUCCAGAGAGAAGAUCAAGGAUGUUGGGAAGGCCAAUGAUCCUCUGAAGAGUAGCAAUGUUGUGAAGAAAAAUGGUGGAGACAAGACCAACCCGUUGCCAUGGACCAAGACACAUGCUGUUUUUGGAGGAUCAUCAAUUUUUGGCAAUCCGCCUCCACCAAAGAUCGCAAGCAGCUCUUCGUCUGAAAACAAUCGAGCUGAAAUUGAAUUUGAAAAAAGGGAGCGUGUGAAAAUGGUCGAAGCUACAAUUCUCAGCCAGAAAGAAACCGAGCUUUUGCUUCUUCAACAAACUCGCGUCGAGAGAUCGAUUGCAAGAAUCUCGGACGCUCCAGUUACUCCACGGGCGCCAAAUUCUUCAACCAGAUGCUUCCGCAAUCCCUCCACGCUUCUCAACAAUGCUUCUGACCAGAACCUGGCGCCACGCAAAAGAGGAAGGCCAAAGAAAGUCAAAGAAGAGACUGCUACCGACGAUGUUAUUUUGCUGGACAUGGACGAUGGCGAAGGACCGUCCACAUCGUCCGCCAAGAGAAUCUAG